CGACUUGGCGCACGCGCUCUCGGGUACCAAUGGAUUGGGGCCGCUUGAGUGGUCGCCGCCGUGUUUGAGGCCGGGGCGUGUGCGGCGCGGGAUCGCGCAGUGUCUGGGUAGCGCGCGCGGGUGUUACGGGCUUGUGUUCUAGAGCGUCGGGGUUUCUCUGACAAGAACCAAGGAAGUGGAGUUUAGUUUCUGCUGCUCUUAUUUAGGGUUACCAUAGUCCCGGUUUCCCCAGAAAAGCCUCUUUUUUGAGCCUGAUUUCCCUGUCCCAGCGGGGUUUUCAAAUAACAGCAAAUGUCCCGGAUUUUGCAGAGCAGAGAAGCUGCAGUUCAGAAAGAGCCACAAUUGAUCAACUUCCCAGUUGGUCCAUCCCCUGUAUCCACUGCUGAUUGGGCCAUUCCCUUGCAUCCGCAGCUGACUGGUCCUUUCCCCUGCAAGUCACAGCUGCUGAAUCCUGCCCACCUAUGCCCCCUUGCCCUGCUCAGCCCUGGGGAAGGGAUCUCACGGGGAGGUGCUGACUGACAACUGUCACUGUGUCCUGGGCUUGUGCCAGCCGCCCUGCCACUGUGACAGGGAGUGACACUGCUCCCCCAUCUCCUGUGAGUACCCCUGCUGCAGGUACGCCCCCUUCUGCUUCCCUUCCCUCCCCUCCCAUUCCCUCCACCCCCUGCAGUGUCUGCUUUUUGGGAACUUGAAAUAUGGUAACCCUACUCUUAUUCCCAUUCCUGGCGAAGUUUCCUGAAAGUGGUGUGGAUCAUGUUAACUUGUUUUUUAUUCUGCUGAAAUGAUGUAACGGAAAUGAUAGCCAAACCCAACACAGCCACUAACCUCCCCAGCCAAAAUGCUGCAACAUGUUGCCUUCAUUCGCAGAUGCUUCAUCAGACAUCAGUGGUUGAUUAAGAAGAUGCCAUUUAUAGUGCCAUUUUAGACUCUCCAGCACUCCUUGGUCCAUAGGCUGCACAAGAGAUGUUACGUUUGGAAGGAGAAAAAAACAGAAGAUCGGGUCAUCUUGGGAGAGAAAAUGCUAUCCAUGAUGAGACUGUGCCUGAGUCCACUGUACAGAGUGGCAGCUGUCUGAGGAAUGGCAACUUGCAAACCCCAAGAGGGAAAAGGAAGGUCCAAGAACAGUGUGCACGCAUACGAAGAAAUUCUUCCAGGAGCAGAAGGCCAAGCCAGCCGCAGAAUGGAGAAGUGGUUGAAGCAGUUACAUUGUUUGAAGUGGUCAGCAUGGGCAAGAGGGCAAUGCAGUCUGUGGUAGAUGACUGGGUUGAAGCUUAUAUCCAAGAUCGAGAUGUGGCACUUCUAGAUCUGAUCAACUUCUACAUUCAGUGCUCAGGCUGUCAAGGAAUGGUGACAGCUGAGAUGUUCCAAAGUUUGUGCAACAAUGAUGUAAUGCAAAAAAUGACGGAGACAUUUGAUGAGGAAACAGGAUUGCAAUACAAGAAAUUUAUGGCCUAUCCCUGGAUUCUGACUGUUACUUGGCCAGUGGACAUGGACAAUGGAGACUAUCCACUCAUCAAAGCGGGACCCUACUGGAAGAAGUUCAAGGCCAAUUUCUGUGAGUUCACUGCAGUGUUAAUCCAGCAGUGCCAGUACAGCAUCCUCUAUGAUAGUUACUUGAUGGACACAGUCAUCUCACUGCUUACAGGGCUAGCAGAUUCCAGGGUCAGAGCAUUCAGGCACACCAGCACUUUAGCAGCGGUGAAGCUUCUGACAGCACUUGUAAGAGUAAAUCUAAAUCUUGAUGUCAGCAAAUGUAACGCUCAGAGGCUGUAUCAAGUGGAGAAGAACAGGAUUUCUGUCAAGAGGGCCAAUCAGAGACUGGACCAAUUAGAGAGAAAAAGGAAAGAAGUGGGUCAGUAUGAACAGAAACCGCUGGAAAUAGAAAAUAUGAUGAAUGCUAUUUUCAAAGGGACAUUCUUACAGAGAUAUCGUGAUGUGAUUCCUGAGAUCCGGGCUAUCUGCAUUGAAGAAAUUGGCAGCUGGAUGAAAAUGUACCCUGAUACAUUCUUAAAUGAUAGUUACUUGAAAUAUAUUGGAUGGAUGCUGUAUGAUAAGCAACCUGAAGUGCGGUUGAAGUGUCUUCUGGGACUGCAAGGAAUUUAUGACAGAAAAGAGCUGGUAUCCAAAAUGGAUCUCUUUACUAGCAGAUUCAAGGAUCGAAUUGUGUCCAUGACUCUGGACAAGGACCAUGAAGUAGCAGUUCAAGCCAUGAAACUCUUGAUGCUUAUGUCACAGAACUGUGAGGACGCGUUAUCAUCUGAAGACUGUGAAACCUUAUUCCAGUUUGUUUAUACCACGCACAGACCUCUAGCAGUAGCAGCUGGGGAAUUCCUUUAUAAAAGGCUGCUUAGUUAUCAGGGAACUGAAGAGGAAGUCCCACCCAAAAGAAGAGGGAAGUUUGGGGCUAAUACCUGCUACAUGAGAAAAUUAAUAACUUUUUUCUUGGAGAGUGAGCUACAUAAACACGUCACAUACCUUGUAGACAGCCUGUGGGAUUGGGCAGGCAGUUUGCUGAAGGACUGGGAGUGCAUGACCACUCUUUUAUUGGAAACUGCUGAAGAAGAAGCAUUGAGUGAUGCCCAGGAAAGCGCUCUCAUUGAAAUAAUCGUAGUGACCACUCGAGAAGCUGCUGAAGGUCACCCUCCUGUGGGCAGAGGAGCAGGCAAGAAGAUCCUGUCAGCGAAAGAGAAGAAAAUACAAUUGGAAGAUUGUACCAAAAUUACUGAGCACUUUAUUGUGGUGCUUCCUCAGCUCUUGGCAAAGUAUUCAGCAGAUGCUGAAAAAGUGGCGAACCUCCUGCAAAUUCCCCAGUAUUAUGAUUUAGAUGUUUACAGUACUGGACGUCUGGAGAAGCACGUAGAUGCUUUGCUGAGAGUGGUGAAAGGCAUUGUAGCCGAACACUCUGACAUGGAUGUCCUCGAGGCUUGCUCCAGGAUGUAUUAUGUCCUCUGCAAUGAAGAUCUGGCCAUCCACAGGAGGGCGGAUCUUGCCAGAACUCAGCUGAUAGACGAAUUGGUGGACAAACUUAAUGAGCUGCUGGAUGAUUCUUGGCAUGAGGGAGAAGGUCUUUGCACAGAUGAAGAAGGAGUUUGCCGAAUAUAUUCCACUUUGAGAAGAAUAGCAGCUUUUCAUAAUGCUCACAAUCUCACCAAAUGGAAUCUCUAUGGGAAGACUUCAAAGCUGCUGGUUUUUGAGAUGGAGUAUGGGAGUUUACCUGUUCAGAUGAUCCUACCAGCUCUACAGUGCACAUAUUUUGCUCUCUUAUGGCAGCUAGCUUCAGUUGUGGAGAGGUCAUCUUCCAAGGAGACUCUUUUGGCAUUGAGCAGAGAGUUGAGAUUUUUCUGCCAGAUUUGUGCAUGCUACCUCAGCCAUAAAGAUAAAGAUUUAAGUGAAAAGGCCUUCAUGAUACUCUGUGAUUUACUGAUGAUUGUGAGUCACCAAUCUUCACGUGAAGAUGAAGCUGUAGGAGUCCUUCAGUAUCUUCCCAGCACAUCCCUUCAGUCAAAAAUGCUCUUGUUUAUCCAGGAUCAUGUUUUCACAGAGGAGAAAGAAGAAAUCAAAGAUUUGACAGAAGAGGAGGAGAGGGAAAAGGAGAGCUACAAAUUGAAUGAUUUGCACAGGAGGCGGAGUCUUCUUGCAGUCUAUUGCAAGCUAAUUGUGUUUACCGUGGUGGAGAUGUCUGCGGCUGCUGAGCUCUAUAAGCACUAUAUGAAGACCUACAAUGAUUUUGGAGAUAUAAUUAAAGAAACCCUGAGCAGGACGAGGCAUAACAACAAAAUCCAGAGUGCCAGGACGUUGAUUCUCUGCCUGCAGCAGCUGUUUCAGAAACAUACAGAAACCCAUGGUAGUACCAACAGCAUGGAUUCUUCUUUCACGAACAUUAAAGAACUUGCUCGUCGCUUUUCACUGACAUUUGGCUGGGAUCAGGUGAAAUCCAGAGAAUCAGUAGCCAUGAUACACAAAGAAGGGAUUGAAUUUGCCUUUCAAGGAGCUGCUGGAGUGGAAGGGAAAUGCCUGCCUCCAAAUUUAAACUUUCUGUUAAUCAUCAGUGAAUUCUCCAAUAAGCUACUAAAGCCUGACAAAAGAUUAGUGUACAGUUACCUGCAGAGGUAUAUAACAGAGCCAGCAUCUUGCAGAGGAGAUGAAUGGCACCCGUUAGUGUGGUACAGGAACUCUUUGCUGGCAAAUGAAGAGGAGGAGAAUUCUGUUAUCAGCAGUUUAAGAGAAUGGUCACCCACAAGCAGAUCUAAGACAUCUUCUUUUAAAAGAAAACUGUCGAAUGGGUCCCUGCCUGAAACCAGCCACACUGAGACAACAAACAAAACUCCAGACUUCCUGUGCACUCCAGAACUCACUGCUGCAGCAGGGAAAAGCAGAAAGAAGUUAAAGUCUCAAGAUACAAGUCUCCAAGAAUGUCUGCCAUUCUUUGGUCCAGUGGGACUGAGCAGAAGACAUAGCGAAGAUGUGAUCAAGGCAGAAGACUUCUCAGCAGAUGGUGGAGCAGAAGACGGAGCAGAAGAUGUAGGCGAAGAUGUGGAUGUUGUUGGCGCAGACCAGGUAUGUGAUGGGGAGUAUCAACCCUGCACAUGGCCAACAGGUGCUGACCAGUCACUGGAGACCGCACACCCUCACUCCUGUUACACAGGCUCCAGGUGGAGGGGACAGAUAAAAGGAGGCCGCACAGGUCAGUCGGGGCUGCUGGAAGAGAAGGAAGGACGUGUGCUGCUGGCUUCUGCAGAGGAACUGUUGACUCACCAGGCUCUUGGGACCGUGGACUCAGACUACGCUGCGGAUGACUAGCUGGCCAUGGAGCCUGACAGGGACGCUGAGCCGCUGCCAGCUGAGGAGAUGCCUGAGAUGGACUUCGUGGUAGAAAGUGACCCAGGGAAUGUGUUAGGAGCCAUGGCUUGAACCCUUAAUAUGGAGUUUACCGCUUUCCAGGGCCCUGGGUUGGAACCCGGUGGAGUAGUUUGGGCCUGGGUUUCCCUAGCCCUGCACAUACCAGUAGGAGUGGCUACUAGGGACUCCUGAUUUAGACUAAUUGUUCACUCUGUCCUGUCCAGAGGGUCAGAGCCUCUGACUGUCCUUAACAGUCGAGUCCUGUUAAGAGGGCCAAGAAGGGGAGGACUCGAUGAUAAAACUCCAUGGCCAGUAUGGAUCCCAAAAUGGGUGCUGGAAAACCAGCCGCAGCAGGCAACCCAACAACAACAGGCCCAGCUGCUGCAGCAGAUGGCCAAGCAACAACAAUAGAUGGCCCAGCACCAAGAACAACAGCAGCAGAUCAAGGAGUUAGCAGCACAGCACCAAGUCCAACAGAAGCGCCUGGUUCAGCAGAUGGUGGUGCUCCUACAACUGUCUGGGCUGCCCAGCGCCACUGCAUCGGGCCGAGGGACAGAGAACGCUUGUCAGAGUUACCGGUGAGACUUGCCAACAUUGGGCUUGGGGAUGACCCCAGAGGCCUUCUUGGUCAUGUUUGAGUGAGUCACCACCAUGAUUUGCUGGCCUCCUGAAUACUGGGCUACCCUAGUGGCCCCAUACUUGACCGGGACCGCACAGACCGCCUACCAGAACCCUACACCCUACUGAGGCAGUCGAUUAAGCCAAAGUGAAGGCAGUCAUCUUGGACCACACCGGGGUUAACCCCAAGACGGUCCAUCAGCGAUUUCGAAGGGAGAGAUACCCUCCCCAGAGCUUGACCUCAGGCAGUGGCUCAGCAAUUCAGGGACUACUGCUGGCAGUGGUUGGAUCCUGAGAAGCUGAUGGGAACUUGAGUGUCAGAGGCUGUCAUCUUGGAACAGUUUACGCAGAUCCUUCCCCCUGUGGGGAAGGAGUGUAUACAUCGACCCCAUCUGACGACUCUUACGGAGGCAGUAUCUCUGAUGGAAGAUUACUUAGCCACAGAGGGUCCUGGACUCCAGGCACCUAAACCUGGGAGUUGUAGGAGGGACCCGUGCAAGAGACAGUACAAAUCCAAAGAAGGAUUAGAUCUGGGCUGCGUAUAGUAGCCCCAAACCCUGGAGCUGCCCGGAACCCCAGCAUGAGACCCUGGGAGGGGGAAACUCCACCCGACAGGCUUGGACCAUCAUGACACAACCCUGCAAUGGAGCCAACAAAAAACAGAUGUUAUGAGUGUGACUAGGAGGGUCACUUCAGAUUGCUCCUUUAUGGAUUGUAACGAUGGCCAAGCACAGGCCCGCAGACCCGGAGAGAGCCUGCCCGAACUUUUGAUUAUUGUGCUGGUCAACGGUACCCCAGUAACAAGUCUGGUCAACUCAGGGUACAGCCAGACACUCAUACAGGUUAACCUAGGGAAGUCACUGGACUGGACAGAGGCCCCUAUAUAUCUCCAGUGCAUCCAUGGGGAUGUACGGCCAUACCUGCCACUAAGGUAAAGCCGGAGGUUGAUGGUCACAAGGAAACGUGCCGGGUCGGUCUGGCCAUGACAGUAGCAUAAACUGUGAUCCUGGGAUGGGACUGGCAGUGGGUUGGGAAGGUCAUGAAUGAGUGGGGAGACCAAAUGCCAGCAGAAACAAAUCAGAGACCACAUUUGAGGGGGCUCUUAGGCCAAAAGGAGAGUGGAGGGAGAGCCCCCUGACCAAUCGGAAGGCCCUGGAUCAUACUCUGUCGAGACGGUGGUGCCAGAGGAAGUCAGGAGCAAGUGGCUAAUUGUUGAAGGAGAUUUUAUGAGGGAGCAGAGAGAAGACACCAUGUUGAGUCGUGCAUGGGAACAAGUGACCAACCCCAAGGAGGAGGGAGUGCCAACCAAUGGUUACCCCAGGGACUCAGCUUCGAGGUCCACAAUGACUAUUUAUACUGGAUAAUCUGAGAUCCACAAACCCAGUAGUUACUCCAGCAGCUGCUGCUAUCUGAGAGGUUCCGACGAGGUCUGCUGCAGCUAGCCCACUCGUUGCCCUGGGCCAGCCACCUGGGACGAGAGAAGACUUUACACUGAAUGGCCCUUAGAUUCUUUUGGCCUGGCAUUCACAAGGAGUUGAGUGAUUUUUUUCCUCGUGUCUGGAAUGCCAAUGUGCUGGCCCUAAAUGAAUCCCCAAGGGCACCCCUAAUCUGGCUCCCAGUGGUGGGAGUACCUUUUGAGAGGAUCAGUAUCGGCCUGAUGGGACCUCUGGAGAAAAGUGGGUCAGGGUUCCACCACAUAUUGGUAGUGGUAGACUUCAUGACUCUUUACCCCAAAGCCAUGCUGCUGCAGUCAACUAUCACACCAUAGCAAUGGAACUUCUGAAAAUAUUUGCCUCGGUCGUGGUAUUGAGGGAGAUACUAACAUACCGGGGAAUCAACUUUUCAUUGCAAUAAAUGGAGGAUUUGUGCAGGCUAUUGAACAUUUGUUCCCUGAAGAUCUCCGUCUACCACCCACAAAACUGAUGGUUUAGUAGAAUGGUAACGAGACUUUGAAAUCCGUACUCCAUAAGUUCAUCGAUGAUGACCUGCGACACCGGGACAAACUGCUACUUGCGUUGUAGUUCGUGGAAGGUGCCCCAAGUAUCCACAGGAUUUUCUCCAUUUGAACUGCUAUAUGGGAGGCAACUCAGAGGUAUCCUGGACCUCCUCCGAGAGAUCUGGGAGGAGGAGGAGUCUCGGAUCAGAGGGUCGGUCCUGUAUAUAUUACAGAAGGCUCGGAGCAUUGGCUCACAAAAACUUGAUAAAAGCCCAGCAGUCCGAGGAGCAACGAUAGAACUGGGGGACCCAGCUCUGGACCUCAGAACCUGGUGACUGAGUACUAUUGUUGCUCUCCUCCUCCAAGUCCAAGCUGUGGGCCAAGUGGCAGGGAACAUUUGAGGUGACCCAGAGAGUCGGGCCGGUAGACUAUGAAGUUCUCUUACCCAGGUGAUGACAAAGCACUCGAGUCUACCAUGUCAACCUCUUAAUGGCCUGAAAGGCCCAAGAGGGCUUAUUGAUCGUCCCCCCACCCCUCCAAACCAGAAUUGGGGCCAAUACUAUUGAGCCCCCUCCCCCCCGAGUUAACAACAAUAUCCAUCAUAGAAUAUCAAGGUUGGAAGGGACCUCAGGAGGUCAUCUAGUCCAACCCCCUAAAAUAAAAAUAUCCUAUCUCCUAGAACUGGA